GGAGGGUCAAGCAGCGCACCACGCGGGAUGAAUGGCGAGGAAUGGGGGAGAAGCAGUGCCCACCGCCAGAGGCGUAUAAGAGGACCAGCCCGAGGGCAGUGUGGCGGGGACGCUGCGGGCAGACAGAUUUUCUGCAAUUAUUCCCCCCUCCCUCCGACAUUUACUUGUCUCCCUUGCUUCCCCUUUUUUUUCCUGCACACGCUCCCUUCCACCACCGUCACCAUGGAGUUCGCCGAUGUCCUUGCCCUUCCCUACCCCGACCAGGCCAAGUUCUUCCUGAACGCCUUCUGGCCCGAGCUCUCCGACCGCGCCGAGGAGGUCUGGAACUUCAACAACAACAUUGUGGCCCUCGACCAUGAGCACGGCGCCAACGGCAAGAGCCUCGACGAGUUCAAGUCCCACAUGUACCUCGAGAAGUUCGAGCUCACCCACACCGCCUGCGACCUGCGCGACGUCCUGCGUGCCAUCAACUCCGAGAACACCAAGCGUCUGACCCUGGUCGAGUUCCUGCUGUUCAACUAUGAGCAGACCAUCGCCGAGAUGAUGAAGCGCCCCCAGGCCAUGAACGACCUGCUCAAGAAGGCCGAGCUGGCUCUGGUGGCCGUGCAGAAGGAGAUCGACGCCAUCGAGGCCCGCAAGGCCGAGCUCAUGAAGGCGGCCGAGGGGUCCGGUGUGCGCGCGCACGCGGCCAAGAACGAGCUUGAGCAGCUCUACUCCGCCGAUCAGCUCCCUCUGAACCAGGCCCUCAUCACUGCCGAGGCGGCCGUCCGCCGUGCCGCCCGCGAGGGUGACCAGUCCGCCGCCGGCUCCAUCUGGUGGCAGACUCGCACCCUGGAGGAGGCCAAGAAGUACAAGCCCCGUGGUGGUGUCAAGAGCUUCGACUGCUAAGCAUCCGGUGCUUGGUGCUGUCGCGCCGUCUUCCUCUCCCCCCCCCCUCCUCUCCUUCUCUCGUAUAUCCUCCCUGCUUUCUCCAUCUCUCCUCGCUGUGCAAGCAUAUCACAUAUGUGUGUGCGGCGCGGGGGCUGAUGAUGGGGGUUGCGUUUGUGUUCUCUCGAGAGAUAGACGCUUGUGUCUUCCUUCUCCCCCCUCCUUCCCGGGCGGGUCCCGGGCUCGGGGCCGCCGUGCCAGAGUCCCCUUCCCUCGGCCGCGCGUCCGAAUACACUGUGUUAUGUCCCC